AUGCCCCUGGAGGCGCCAAGGUUCAAGAUCCUGGCGGUGUUUGCCUGCCUAGUGUUGAUCAUCACAUGGGCUUUGGUGUGGUCAGAGUCGGCCAUUCCUCCCGACACUCCGGAAGCUGAUCACGCGGCAGAUGCGAGCCCUUCUCUUUUGCCUAACAACGUGCUCCCUCAGGUCGUGGACCAUGCUGCUGUCGUCUUGUCAGACCCGAGUACAACAGGAGCAGCUUUCGCCUCUUGCAUUGCGUCGGCUACAGAUUCGCUGGCAGAUUCGCUGGCAGCAGAGCCAAGCCAUUCCGAGUCCGAUCAGCCAACUCCCACGCCUUUAGAUCUCACACCAUCACCUCCCACAAGCCCGACCGCCACCAGCCUCCCAUCGGCUGCGCCCGCAGCACAAACUCCAUCGCCGACAACACAAGCGCAAUCGACAACCCAGGCGCCGUCGCCAGCAGAGCCUGCACUGCCAACUUCCCAAGCCUCUUCGGCAUCUCCACGAGGAUGGUACCAGCUCCCUGCAGAUCAUCCACGAGUGCUCGCCAGACUUGUGGCGUACGCCGACUGGAACAAGACAUUUGAUAUCUACCCGCCCCCUUCUAUCUGGCAGUGCCCGUAUGAGGACGAGGCUCGUUGGUUCUGGGACACGGAUACGGUUGCCGAAAUUGGGGUCGACUGGAAGACAGCGUUGACUGUUGCGCUCACCAACAAGACGGUCGGCAUCCAUGGCGACUCACUCACCCUGCAAACAGUCUCAGUGUUCCUGAACCUGGUGGAGUCGGCCGGCUUCGAGUUGGUCAAAGUGAAGCGAAUCAAUCGCGUUACCGGCUACUUUCCCGCUCUCAACUUCACCCUCAUCGCCAACUACGUCCCCUACAUUGUCGACAUGUUGGGCGAAAAGCCGUACCCUCAGCUGAGUUUGGAUCGCCUCUCCCAAGCGUUCACCAUCAUGGCCGAUGCUGCUGACUACAACGCCGCGUCUGCCCGCCAGGAUCGAAAUCCUGCAGCUCGCACCUUCUUUCGCCUGACUCCUCCAAGGCACUUCCAGGGCGGCGACUACGACAGCGGUGGCUUGUGCAACGACCGCGAACCAAAGUGGGGCGCCACUUACUCGGACUUCAACCUUGGGGAGGACCAGUUGCUUCAAAACCGAAUCGUCAGCGAAGAGGUUGCUCGCGACCCUCGGCUAGAAAUCCUGGACGUCGUUCCUUGCACGGUCGAGCGUGUCGACGCGCACCGUGGUGGAAACGAUUGUGUGCACUUUUGUUUGCCCGGUGCUGGGCCCGUUCGUGUCUGGGUCGAGAUGCUCAUCCGAAGAUUGUAUGACGGUCGCGUUUAG